GUGGGGCUCGAAGCGAGCGGGGGCCGUGCCCUAACCAUGACCGGGUGCGGAGCGCGGCCGUGCUGCGGCCGCCCUCCGUUCGUGCUCCUCCUCACCUGUCUCUGCGCGCCCCUGCUCGGCCAGCCCGGAGCCUCACACGCGGGUUUUGAAAUCUCCUCAUCUGGUUUUGUGCAAUGUGAGCUGUAGGAUUCUGUGUUCAAGUGUAUCCAAGACUGGAAUGGAGCUGAGUGGGCAAAACACUGCUGAGGCAGAAGCUGUAUCUGAACCUUCUUUUAUUGCUAAAAGUGAAGAUCGUUUGUUUAAGCAUUUAUUUGAAGACUAUCAGAGAUGGGUUCGUCCAGUGGAACGCUUGAAUGACACAAUAAAAAUCAAGUUUGGCCUUGCGAUCUCUCAGCUAGUAGAUGUGGAUGAAAAAAAUCAGUUGAUGACAACAAAUGUAUGGUUGAAACAGGAAUGGAUAGAUGUCAAAUUGAGGUGGAAUCCUGAAGACUAUGCAGGAAUAACAUCUAUCCGUGUCCCAUCAGAUUCUAUUUGGAUUCCAGAUAUUGUGCUGUAUGACAAUGCAGAUGGACGUUUUGAGGGAACAUCUACAAAAACUGUGGUAAAAUAUGAUGGCACCAUUGCUUGGACUCCACCAGCAAACUACAAAAGUUCUUGUACUAUUGAUGUAACAUUCUUCCCCUUUGACCUUCAAAAUUGCUCAAUGAAAUUUGGUUCCUGGACUUACGAUGGCUCACAGGUUGAUCUAAUACUUGAAGAUUAUGAUGUUGACAAAAGAGAUUUUUUUGAUAAUGGAGAAUGGGAAAUAGUGACUGCAACAGGGAGCAAAGGAAACAGGACUGAUGGAUGCUGCUGGUAUCCUUUUGUUACAUAUUCAUUUAUAAUUAGACGUUUGCCACUUUUUUACACUUUAUUUCUCAUUAUUCCUUGUAUUGGGCUUUCAUUUCUAACUGUCCUUGUCUUCUAUCUUCCUUCAAAUGAAGGUGAAAAAAUUUCACUCUGCACUUCAGUACUGGUAUCUUUGACUGUUUUUCUUCUUGUUAUUGAAGAAAUUAUUCCAUCAUCUUCUAAAGUUAUCCCACUCAUAGGAGAGUACCUGGUGUUCACUAUGAUAUUUGUGACCUUGUCCAUCGUGAUCACUGUCUUUGCCAUCAACAUCCACCACCGCUCCUCGUCCACACACAACGCCAUGGCACCCUGGGUGCGCAAGAUAUUUCUGCACAAGCUGCCCAAGCUGCUUUGCAUGAGAAGCCAUGUGGAUAGGUACUUUGCUCAGAAGGAGGAAACAGCCAACGUGAAUGGCUCAGAAUCAUCCAGGAACACCUUGGAAGCAGCUCUGGAUUCCAUCCGCUACAUUACCAGACACGUGAUGAAGGAGAAUGAGGUCCGCGAGGUUGUUGAAGACUGGAAAUACAUUGCUCAGGUGCUUGAUCGAAUGUUCUUAUGGGCUUUUCUUCUGGUUUCAAUAAUUGGAUCACUUGUGUUAUUUAUUCCUGUUAUUCAUAAAUGGGCAAGUAUAAUAGUCCCUACCCAUAUAGGCAGUACAAAUGCAUAAAAUAUUUUUGG